AUGAAAAAUGCACUAUGGUCAGCUGCUAGAUCAUGCACUGUGCCUCAAUUUGACAGGGCAAUGCAAAAGCUUAAGGAGAUGAAUGAAGAAGCAUGGAAGGAUCUAUGUGAGAUACCUCUUAAGCAGUGGGCAAAAGCACAUUUUAGUACUCAUUCUUUGUGUGACCUGCAAGUGAACAACAUGUGCGAAGCUUUCAACAUGGCAAUUCUGGAACACAGGGAUAAACCCAUCAUAUCACUCAUUGAAGGCCUAAAGCACUACAUCAGCUCUCGGAUUGUGAAGCAGAGGGACUUAAUGUUGAGGUAUAAGGGAAACAUAUGCCCCAUGAUUCAGGAGAAAUUGGAGGCUCACAAGUUAGCAGCACAAAACUGGGCACCACAUUGGAAUGGUGAUACCCUUAAUUCAAAAUUUGAGGUUACAGAUGGGACUAACAAGUAUCGUGUGGAGCUGGCCAAAAAUCAUUGUGCAUGUAGGAGAUGGGAUUUGACAGGUAUCCCAUGCUGCCAUGCUAUUCCUUGCAUGUGGCAUAACCGUACUCACCCUGAAGAAUAUGUGGACAACUACUAUAGGAGAGAUACUUUUCUGUCCACUUAUGCAUAUAUAAUUGAACCAAACAAUGGUCCCAUGCUCUGGCCUGUCAGUGAUCUGCCACCACUAAAUCCACCAUAUGUGAGAAGGGCACCUGGAAGACCUAAGACUCAAAGAAACAAAAAGAAUGAUGAGCCCAGGAAUCCCUACAAGCUUGCAAGGAAUCAGACCAAGGUUAAGUGCAGUAGGUGUGGAAAGUGGGGUCACAAUAUAAGAACUUGUGGAGGGAAAACUGGUGCGGAUAGGGAAAUAGAGAAAGGGGGAACAAGGUAA